GAAGAAGAAGAAGAAGAAGAAGAAGAAGAAGAAGAAAGAGAGCGCGGCGUUUCCCAGCGGUCCCUGAAGGCAGCACGGAGCAGAGCCAGGCACACCGAGGCAAAGAGGAGUUUAUUUCCGACAAACACAGAACACACAGAACACACAGAACACACAGAACACACACACACACACAGAACACACACCGAGCUGCAGCUCUCACACUCAAACAGAACCGGACCCGGACCGGAAGUGAAGACACAAACUGAAGUUUGACGGAUUUUAGUUCCGAGCAGGAUCCGCCCGUUUGUGUCGAUGGAGGCGGAGUGGCUUCACUGAGCUCCACGCCGGCUGCACGGGCCUCCUGUCCCUGAACCCGCCUGACCAUGGACCUCAUGAUCCUCAUGAUUCUCUUGGACCUCAUGGACCUCAUGGACCUCAGACCUUCGUCCCUCAGCAGCUGCAGGUGUGAACACAGCCGGAAGCUUCAGGACAGGAAAUUAUGAGCAGAACUCUUUUCCUUUGAUGCAGUCAGAAAACCUUUUCAACAAGAAGCUCCAAGGUCUGAGGAUGGGACCGCCCAUCUCUAACGUACAGGGAGCGCCCGCCAUGCCCAAGAUGGGCGUCCGGGCUCGAGUGUCCGACUGGCCUCAGCGGAAGGACGUCUGGGAGGCGCAGCCGCCCCCAAGGUUCGACAGCCUCAUCCCGAGCUUCCAAACGCCUGGCGCUCCGCUCAGGAAGAGCCAGGACCUGCUGGCUGGCUCGGCGUUCCUGCCGAGCAGAUACCCGCUGUGCGACCUGCUGAGCCACUCCCCGAUGAGGAGUUUGGCGAGGAUCAAGAGGAGCAACAGCGAGGUCACCAUCAGCGACAUUGGAGCUGAAGAUAUCGACCACACCUCUGUCAACCCCAACACAGGGGCGACGCUGCGGCGCGAGUACGGCAGCACGUCCUCCCUGGAGCGCCAGGGUCUGUCCUCUGAGGGCCGUGUGACGGCAAGGGCGUACCAGCUGGAGGGGGCGGAGCAGCCCAGUGCCCCGCCUCCACAGAGGUUUUCUGAGCCUCUGCGCCUCAACGCCUCGCUCUCCCCGAGUCUGCAGACCGCCACCCAAAUUGCCCAGGGGAACAUUGUGUGCAUCCCAGGCUACGACUACGUGGACAGUUCUCUGCUCUACAGCCGGGAGAGACAGCGCGCCUGCCUCCAGCGCACCAAAUCGGACAAGACGGAAACCUCCAUCUUCCGCCGACUGAGGAGCGUGAAGAGUGACGGCGACUAUGCCGAGCAGGAGGACGGGCGAGGCGGCCGCGGUUUGACCUUCCAAAAGUGCUUCUCGCACUACGACGUGCAGAGCGUUCUCUUCAACAUCAGCGAAGCCGUCGCCAACCGAGCCGACCUCGGACGCAGGAAGAACACCACCACCGGGGCCUCGGCGGCAUCCCGAGGCCAGCCCGGGUCGAGGGACGCCGUCUUUCCCGUACCCGUCAUCGAGCUCGCGGCCGGCGGCUGCGAUGAGCUCGGCCACAUGAACACGGAAGCCGACGAAGGAGACGGAAAGAGCAACAACCUGGUGCUCAGUUGCCCUUUCUUUCGCAAUGAGAUCGGAGGCGAGGUGGAGAGGAAACUGGCCCUGACGCGGCCCAGAGGCGCCACCUACAGCGGCGGAGAUGAAACUGCAGCCAGCGGACUCUGCACCUACGCUGGUGUUUCUGUCCUGGAGGCGUCCAGAGAGCAUGCAGCCACCCCCUGCGACCUGAUGCAGCGCUACACCAUCGAGCACGUCGACCGGGGAGCGUACUACUACCGCAGGUUCUUCCUCAACAAAGAUCACCAGAACUACUUUGGUUCCGAUGAGAACCUGGGCCCGGUGGCGCUGAGCGUGCGCAGGGAGAAGCUGGACGACUCGCACUUCAACUACAGGAUCAUCUUCAGGACCAGCGAGCUGACCACGCUGCGCGGGGCGGUGCUGGAGGACGCCGUCCCGUCCACGGCGAGGCGUGGCUCGGCCCGUGGUCUGCCGCUGAAGGAGGUGCUGGACUUCGCCGCCCCGGAGCUCGACGCCUCCUGCCUGCGGCUCGCCAGCGCCGCGCCCGCCGUGCCCCAGCGGCUGCUGCGAUUGGACGAGCAGGCGCUGUGCUCCCAGCUCAGGGUGGGUCUGCUGUACUGCCUUGCGGGUCAGAGCUCGGAGGAGCAGAUGUACAACAACCAGGCUGGAGGUCCGGCUCUGGACCAGUUCCUGCAGCUGCUGGGCCAGAAGGUCCAGCUGAGGGGCUUCAGCAGGUACCGCGCCGAGCUGGACACCAAGGCGGACUCCACAGGAACCCACUCGCUCUACACGACGUUCCGCGAGUACGAGCUGAUGUUCCACGUGUCAACGCUGCUGCCCUACACGCCCAACAACAGACAGCAGCUCCUGCGAAAGCGCCACAUUGGGAACGACAUCGUCACCGUCAUCUUCCAGGAGCCGGGCGCUCUGCCCUUCACGCCCAGAAACAUCCGCUCCCACUGCCAGCACAUCUUCAUCAUCGUGCGCGUGCACAGCCCGUGCACAGAGCACGUGUGCUACAGCGUUGCUGUGACCAAAUCGAAAGACGUGCCGUCCUUUGGCCCUCCGAUCCCGGCGGGGCUGAUGUUCCCCAGCUCGCCCGCCUUCAGAGACUUCCUGCUCACGAAGAUCAUCAACGCCGAGCACGCGGCGCACAAGUCCGAAAAGUUCCGUGCGAUGGCGAUGCGCACGAGGCAGGAGCACCUGAAGGACCUGGCGGAGAACUUCACCUCAGCCACGCCGCUCGACUGCUCGGCCUCCAGGUUCAGCUUCAUCGCUCUGGCGGGCAAGAAGAAGGAACGCAGCCGGCCUCGGAGAAACGCCCACCUGCAGAGCGCCGGCGCCAUCACCUGGGCCGUGGCGGCCCGCGACUUCAGCCGCUCGAUCGAUAUCGGCUGUCUCCUGGCCGUUUCCAACGAGUUUGUGGUGCUGAUCGAGGAGGCGUCCAGAGAGGUGGUGUUCAGCUGCUGCUGCCGGGACGUCCUCGGCUGGAGCGCCACGCCCGCCGCCGUCAAACUGUUCUACGAGCGCAGCGAGUGUGUUGUCUUCUCCGCCCAGGAGGGAUGCUGGGAUGACGUUCGAGAAAUCACUCAGAGGCUUGAGGUGGUGACUCGCGGCUGUGCGGCGGUGGAGAUGACGCUGCGGAGGAACGGCCUCGGACAGCUCGGCUUCCACGUCAACUUCGAAGGCGUGGUGGCCGACGUCGAGUCCUUUGGCUUCGCCUGGCAGGCCGGUCUCCGCCCCGGCUGCCGAUUGGUGGAAAUUUGCAAGGUUUCCGUGGCGACCCUGUCACAUGAACAGAUGAUCGACCUCCUGCGUACGUCAGUGGUGGUCAGCGUGGUCGUCGUCCAGCCACAUGAAGACGGAACACCACGGAGGAGUUCCUCAGAGCUCUGCCGGCUGCCGCUGCUCGACUACAAGCCGGAGGGGGGCGGGGCCCCGGGGCCCUUCAGGGUCCAGGCCCCGCCCCCCGCCUGGCACUGUGUCGCCGCCGUGCCCGUAGCCCCGCCCCUCUCCGGAGCCUCACCCAAUCAGGGCCUGAGCCCCGGGCAGCAGACGCUCCGCUGCCACGGCAACGUCACACGAAGCACCUCGUUCGACAGGAAGGACGCCAGAAUGCUUCAGGAGCUGGACCUGUCAUCGCGGCCGCGUGGCGACGGCACUCCGCUUUACUGCAGCUCGCCUAGCAACCAGUCGACCUCCAGUGACCCCGGCCCGGGCGGCAGCUGGCCGGGCGCCGCCUGCAGCGGUCAGUUGGUGGAUCCUGUGGUGUGCAGUCAGCUGGGGGCUCCUGUGGUGUGCAGUCAGCUGGUGGAUCCUGUGGUGUGCAGUCAGCUGGGGGCUCCUGUGCUGUGCAGUCAGCUGGGGGCUCCUGUGGUGUGCAGUCAGCUGGGGGCUCCUGUGGUGUGCAGUCAGCUGGGGGCUCCAGGAGACCAGCUGACUGCUUCUCUGAGGCUGAGACUGAGACAGACUGAAGCUGAGUCUGAAGCUGAGGCUGAGGCUGAGGCUGAGACUGAAGUUGAGACUGAGGCUGAGUCUGAAGCUGAGACUGAGGCUGAGUCUGAAGCUGAGGCUGAGGCUGAGGCUGAGACUGAAGUUGAGACUGAAGCUGAGUCUGAAGCUGAGACUGAGGCUGAGACUGAGACUGAGGCUGAGACUGAAGCUGAGUCUGAGGCUGAGGCUGAUCAGGGAGUCGGGGUGAGGCUGAGGCUGAGGCUGAGGCUGAGACUGAGGCUGAGGCUGAUCAGGGAGUCGGGGUGA